CUACUUGCCCAGCGCUCAGUGCCGUUCGGACCGUGCGUCUUGUAUGUGUUCGUGCGUGUCCCAUUAGUGUUGUGACAUCUAGUUACGUACGUUCGUAUCGUCCCGGUAGGCCUAUCUUUACAUUCCUCAUAUAAUAUUUUUUAAUAUCCAUCGCCGUCGGCCAGUCAAAACGCGUAAUUCCCGAGAGCUAUGCUGGAUAUGAUGAACAAAAUGGCCGAACUCAAGUUCGAAGCACCGCUGGCGCAGUUCGAGGAGUCUGACGAGUGGACAAAAAUGAUGGACGAUGACCCGCCGCUGCAGUCGGCCAAACACAACCUCCACAAUCACCAUCACCAACAGGGAAAUAGUCAGCCGACUUCAGGUGGUGGCGUACUCGACGCAGAUGAGGAACAACUGGACAACAUGCUGUGCGACAACAGCAGGGGUCUUGAACCGGCGAACAAGUCGUCGUGCACGCAAUGCGGAGCGAACAACAACAAUGUCGGCGUGGAGGUAACUACAUCGGACACGGACAAUUUUGGCGAGACAUUUAGCGGGUCUCUGGAAGACCUGGUGCACACYUUCGACGACAAAAUCACCAGAUGCUUCUGCGAUUACGAGGAGUCUGUAGAGAAAUUAGCGCCAGUUCAGAUCAGGACUCAGGAAGAAAUAAUGAACGAAUGCCAGGGCCUGGGUGCUGUUCCAAAGAAAAAUGAUCGAGAACGUAUAACGUAUAAUGAUGAUUCUGAAGGUACUUCAAAUGAGUGUACUCCGGACUCAGAACAUCCUAAGGAAGUUCAUUCACCGUUAUUAGAAGAAAAAUUAAAAACAUUAAAUGUCUCUCAACUCAAUGAAGUAUACAUGGAGUUAGAGUUGCUGAUCAGAGACUAUUCUGAAACAUUAAUUACAGAACUGGCUUUAAGAGAUGAAUUGGAGUUUGAAAAAGAAUUAAAAAACUCAUUUAUAUCAUUGCUAUUGGCUGUUCAAAAUCGAAGGAGACAAUAUCAUGUUGAGAAAAAACGUAACUCGAGAGCAGGAAAUACAAAUAAAAAUGUAACAAAUGAGCCUAAAUAUUUAACCACAGUCAUACCAUACCAUUUGGAUAGUGGACCUUUAAGUAAUCAGGCUCUACAAGUUCUCAUUAAAAUAUUAAAAGCAAUUAACGAAGACAGUCCCACAGUACCAACAUUACUAACAGACUACAUUCUUAAAGUAUUGUGUCCUACAUAAUUGAAGACGGAUCAGUAAAGUGAAAUGAUUAACUGCACUCUGAACUCUACGUGAUAUAACUUAUUUAAUAUUGACUUACUUGGCAUAAUUUUUAGAUUUUUAGGUUAAUAAUUUAUUAUAAGUUCUACU